AUACCUCGCUACAUCGACCAAUGCGUUACACAACACCAGGCGCUGGGUAACUAAUUAAGGUCAGCUGAUUCGAUUACUUCAAUCGAACGAGAUGAGCUCCUUCUCCUCCGUCGACGGUGUGGCCUGCGGCGGCGGGAAGAAGACGUCGUGGCCGGAGGUGGUCGGGCUGUCCGUCGAGGAGGCCAAGAAGGCGAUCCUCAAGGACAAGCCUGAUGCAGACAUCAUCGUCCUGCCCGUCGGCGCGCCGGUGACCGAGGACUUGAGGCCCAACCGCGUUCGCAUCUUCAUCGACACCGUCGCCCAGAUCCCCCGUGUGGGCUAGCAAGCAAGCUAGCUAUAGCUUGAGUAAUGAAGUAAUAAUGGAGGAAUAAAUGCGUCGUGUUAUAUGUUCAUUCUAUGUGUUUAAUCAGUUAA